CGCGCCUAUUGUCCACACCGUCCGGUGCUGGGUGAGCCCCUACCUCGUCAUUACCUCACACUUCCAAUAUUGGGUUACGAGAAUUUUAUUUCAAGGUCGUCUUUUCGGAGCAAAUAGAAGCGGUAUAAAUGCAAAGACGAGUAACAAUGGCACGCAGUUGAGGUUCAGUAGCUCGUGAAAAUGAAUGCAUACGUUAUUUUAUUUUUGUGCAGUGUUGUGGGUAGUACCGUUGGGUAUUAUGCACCGAGAGAAGUCCCAUACAACACGGGACCAAACGACCCCUACUCCGUUGCCGUUGACCCGAACUUUCUUCAGCAGCCAUCACAACGCUUAUUCUGGGGAAAUGGACAAGGAUCUAACCAAGUUGGCGGCACGGGCUGGUGGGCGACACUGACGAACAAGUUUCCAUUCCUUGGCAACAUGUUUGGACGGAUGGAGCUCCCUUCUCAAUAUGGGGUGCCGAAUCAGUAUGAAUUAGCAACACAAUACGGCCCGCCUCCUAAUGUGCAACCGCAAUUCUAUCAAGCGCCUCCUGUGUACCAGCAAUAUCCUCAACAAUUCGCCCAGAGAUCUGUUCCCUUCGGUCGCGAUGUUGGUCUGACUGACGAUGCUGUGAUCAUCACGCCCCCGCAGGUGCCGAUCAACGCGCAGCCAAUACCAGCGCCGAUACCUGCGCCCGCGCCGGCGCCCGAGCCCGCGCCUGGAUACCAGUACAAUAAACCUCAAUACAGAUUGGACCUACCUCAUAAGUAAUCCAGAAAGUAAUUAGUAUUAACUUUUGUCUUACGAUUCCUGGUACAUCAUCAAACAGUACCCAACCCUACCCAUUGAUAUAAUGUACUUUUUAUAAUGGAGGGUUCCCGAAUUUUCCAAUCUCGAGAAUGUUCUCUUCUCAAACGGGUAUUAAAUAAUUAACAUUAUUUAUUUUUGUAAUCUUAAUAUUCACAAAGAGGCUCUCUUAAUUAAAGCGCAAAAGGCAAUAAGUAUUUAUAAAGUCUUAUUUUAUGCACGAAAUUGUUAUUAGAGAAACAAAAUAAAACAAAUAUACCUAUUAA